UAUUCCCUCCAUCUCCAAAUCCAAUCAUAUUCUACACUCUCCAACAAUUUUUAUCCAAAUCCUAACACAAUCUUUUAUUCAUUCCUCCACCAUGCAAACAAAAGAAUUUAACACACAACAACUCAAUUAUUUACUCCCAAAUUCCAAUCCAUCCCCUUAUCCAUCAUCAUGCAACUACACCAUCUUCCAAAACACAACUCAAACCUCUCAUCUCUAUGGUUUCAACCAAAACCCUAUUCUUCAAGACUUCAGUCCUCAAUCCUCAUGCAUAAGCAACAACUCAACCUCGGACGAAGCGGACGAGCAAAACAAAGGCCUAAUCAACGAAAGAAAGCAUCGAAGAAUGAUAUCGAACCGGGAGUCAGCGCGCCGAUCCCGAAUGAGGAAACAAAAACACCUUGAUGAGCUUUGGUCACAAGUUGUUUGGCUAAGGAAUGAGAAUCAUCAACUACUAGAUAAGUUAAAAAGUUUUUCAGAAUCUCAUGAUAGAGUUGUUCAAGAGAAUGUUCAAUUGAAAGAACAAGCUUCGGAGCUUCGACAAAUGGUUUGUGACAUGCAGUUGCAUGGUUCUUGUCUUCCUUUGAGUCCUCUUGAAGAUGUUCCUAGCAUGAACUCACCUCUUGUUGAAUCUGAUUCCUCAAACAAAACAAUCACAAGUUCUGUUGAUUUGUUAGGAUUAUAAAUUUGAAGACAAGUUUUAAUAACAUGUUUUCCAUCUUGAAGUUCUGUUUUUUUGAGUUCUAUAAGGUGAAGCCAUGCAUGAAAGGAAAUAACAUGUUUUUUUGAGUAUUUAUUCAGUUUUUGUUUCUAAUGAUUUCUUCUAAGAAAUAAAUAUUUAAAGUGGUUCAUAGCUAUCAAUCAAAUUUGUGGUUAAUUAAUUAGCACUAAUUUGUGGUUACACUAUAGAUUAGGGAUAUUUUGUCUCUUAACAAAUCCAAUGGCUUGUAGUGGCAGUGAUAUUUUGUAGUGCCUAAAAGAUAUGGAGCGCCUAAUAAGAUAAAAAAAAAAUCAUAAUUAUUGUUGAGGAUCAAUUAAAAGAGUUCA